AUGGCCCUGAAAAAUUUUACUGAAGUCGAAAACCAUAAAACUGUCCAAGAACUGUUCUGCUCCGCUGAAUUUGUCAGAGGUGUAGAGAGCGAACUUUUACUCCUUUCAGCUCUAAAUAUUUUUCUUUCCAUCACUGCAUUUCUGGGGAACACUCUGAUCCUAGUUGCUCUACACAAGGAAAAUUCUCUUUAUCCGCCGUCCAAACUCCUGUAUAGUAACCUAGCGAUAACUGAUCUUUGUGUUGGUAUCACUUCGGAGCCCUUAGUUGUGACUUAUUGGAUUUCUGUGGUGAAAGAAAGAUGGGAUAUUUGCUACUACACAAUACGAGGACAACAUUUUUCAGCCACUGUUUUGUGUUCAGUAUCUUUAUUAACAUUGACUGCAAUAAGCUUGGACAGACUUCUCGCCUUGUUUUUGGGACUCAGAUACAGACCAGUUGUAACUUUGAAAAAAACACGUUUAACUGUGAUUGGUUUUUGGAUUUUGUCCAUCCUCGGAACAUCUACUAACUUUUGGAAUCCAAUUAUAACCGAAUGGUAUCAAUGCAUAGGUUUAGCUUUGUGUCUAGUCACCACAAUCUUCGCUUACACAAAAAUCUUCUUCACUCUGCGUCAUCAUAUUCAUUUUCAAAUUUUUUUGCUCAAGGACAACCGCGCCAAACAAUUUCAUUGAACAUACCUCGAUACAGAAAGGCGGUGUACAGUGCACUGUGGGUGCAGGUAACAUUGGUUCUUUGUUAUCUGCCACAUGGUAUAGUGUUUAUUUUAGCAGUUCAAAGAGGGAUCUCUUUAUCCGUUCACCUUGCUCUUCGUUGGACUCUUACUUUGGUCUAUUUGAACUCAUCCUUAAACCCUUUACUGUACUGUUGGAAGAUCAGAGAAGUAAGGCAAGCUGUAAAAGGAAUAUUAAGGCAAGUCUUCUGUUGA